CUCUCCAGCCGCCGCAAACCCCGCGACCUCCAGCAGCCCGCCCCCGCGGGCCCGAUCCUGCCCGGCGGCUCCCGCCGCAGCCUGCUCAGCCUUUCCGCUCUCCCAGGGCUCGCGCCACUACACCUCCCCCGCCGUCCGCGCCGGGGCUUCCCUGUUCCCAACUCCUCCCGCCCCCUCGAAGCCCCCUCUCCCGCCCUGGCAAGUUGGCAUGCAGGUGUCUAUCGCGUGUACCGAGCAGAACCUUCGCAGCCGGAGCAGUGAGGACCGUCUGUGUGGACCCCGGCCGGGCCCCGGGGGCGGUAAUGGCGGGCCGGUCGGCGGCGGGCAUGCGAAUCCUCCGGGGGGAGGAGGGUCGGGCCCCAAGGCCCGGGCCGCACUGGUCCCCCGACCCCCAGCGCCCGCUGGGUCCCUCCGAGAGAGCACCGGCAGAGGCACUGGCAUGAAAUACAGGAACCUAGGAAAGUCUGGUCUUCGGGUCUCCUGUCUUGGCCUAGGCACCUGGGUCACGUUUGGUUCUCAAAUCUCGGACGAGACAGCAGAGGACGUGCUGACAGUGGCCUAUGAGCACGGUGUAAACCUAUUUGACACGGCUGAAGUCUACGCAGCGGGGAAGGCUGAAAGAACCCUAGGCAACAUACUCAAGAGCAAAAGAUGGAGGAGAUCAAGCUAUGUCAUCACCACCAAGAUUUUUUGGGGGGGACAGGCAGAAACCGAGCGAGGCCUGAGCCGCAAACACAUCAUCGAGGGCUUGCAAGGAUCCCUGGAGCGCCUCCAGUUGGGAUACGUGGACAUCGUCUUCGCCAAUCGCUCAGACCCCAGUAGUCCCAUGGAGGAGAUUGUGCGAGCCAUGACCUACGUCAUUAACCAGGGCCUGGCCCUCUACUGGGGGACAUCCCGGUGGGGAGCCGCAGAAAUCAUGGAGGCCUACUCCAUGGCCAGACAGUUCAAUCUGAUUCCUCCAGUGUGUGAGCAAGCCGAGCACCGUCUGUUUCAGAGAGAGAAGGGGGAGAUGCAGCUGCCAGAGCUCUACCACAAGAUUGGUGUUGGCUCGGUUACCUGGUCCCCUCUGGCCUGUGGCCUCAUCACUAGCAAGUAUGAGGGGCGAGUCCCAGAGACCGGCAGGGCCACCAUCAAGGGCUACCAGUGGCUCAAGGACAAAGUGCAGAGUGAGGGUGGCAAGAAGCAGCCACAAGCCAAAGUCAUGGACCUUCUUCCCAUGGCUCACCAGCUGGGCUGCACUGUGGCGCAGCUUGCUAUUGCGUGGUGUCUCCGCAGCGAGGGUGUCAGCUCGGUCUUGCUGGGGGUGUCAAGUGCAGCGCAGCUGCUGGAACAUCUGGGAGCCCUGCAGGUGCUGAGCCAGCUGACGCCGCAGACGGUGAUGGAGAUAGACGGGCUUCUGGGGAACAAGCCGCCUUCCAAGAAAUAGUCCGUCGGGGGCGCAGGCAACCACAUCCGUGCGGCCGCCGCCGCCGCCUCCCUCCCGCCCCGGAUCCCUCCACGCCGCGGCCGCAGCCAGGGGGGCCCCGCCCCCUAACGAGUCCCGGCUUCGAGUAGCGAUGCGCAUGAACAAAGCCAUAUCCUCCGCAGUGGGGCUCGAGAGGGAAAGUAGUGCGCCGUCCCCGUCCAUGCGCUCGCUCCUCCAGGCCUUCUUGCUAAUCCUGGGCAUGAACCACCGGGCCGGCUCCUCUCUGCCCCUUGGUCUCCCUCCCUUUUCUUCUUCCCCUAAUCGCCGAGGCCCAGAGGAAGACAAAAAAAAAAUACAAAAAACGGCAGAUACAGGAAACUUGCACAUUACCUCAAAAGUGGCCCUUGAGAUGUCAUCAAGGGAUAAUAACCUAAUAAGAAGGGAGUAGUGACGUCAUCUGGGACAAAGGCACUGGGGCUCUUAUUCGGUACAAAGGAAGCCAGGCUGGUCCUGGCAGGAAGUGAACGGUAGUCUUUGAGGACCCUGCCUCCCAGCAGAAGGUGGAGGGGCGCUUA